CCUUUCGUAGGUCUCGUGGCUUGAAAAGGCCACGACAUCGGCAGGUAUUUAGAGCUUCCUUAAGCCAGCUUCCUUAAGCCAUCUAGUUUGCACGGCCAAAAAUCCAUCUUAGAUCAAUGAUUCAUUCAAACGUAGCAACUAGCCCGAAUAAUAAACCAAACCAAAUGCCUUCAGAUCCUUCCACGGCUACACCAUAUACGAUAGUAGGGCCUGAGAGCGCUCGAACGGGCUAUAAUAUCCUAGCUAGCAUCCUUCAUUGGAUUUCUCUUGCUGGACUGAUCCUAUUUCCAGGGACUUUCGCGUAUUUCGACCGCAUAAGCAUGCUACGACGUACAGAAGCUGGAAGGGCCUUGCGGCGUGUCGCAAGAAAUAUCCCAAUAUUGUACGUAGCCGGAUGCGCUUGCAUACUGGGUGGUCUUGGGGUUGUUUGGUUAUGGUGGACAGUCCGUCAUAAUUCUAUCUGGCUGAUCAGCCGUGUUUUCUUCCCUAGCAUUCUCGGCGGGCUGAUCCGUUUAGUUACUACGUUGGUAAACGUCUAUACUACUGGAAACGGAGAUUAGUCUCUCAUGACGAGUGUAGCGUCUUCGAUCAUCGAGUUACCGGCCUUAUGUAUUCUAGUUUCUCAUUAUCGUAUGAUGACCGUAGCCCCUCUCAAGGUUAGAGGAGUUUCUUGGGAAUGCUCGACCUGAUAUGACUUCGCGUUGAGCAUGAAGGUACCUUAGGU